UGAAGCAUUGGCUGUAUACUACUAUUGUAUCAUGGCUGUGCAUGGAAAAGGCGCCAGUGGUGCCCACAACCUAACGAUGCACGGUAAGAACACCCCGCGGAAAUCAGCACACGGUCUUGUAUGCGUUCAUGGGCAGAGGUUUGGCGGCUUGCAGGCAUGCCGAGAUUGCGGGUACCUGCGAGUCUGUCAACGUGCGUGGGAAGCAUACUCAAGAUUCCAAAUUCAUCCACUUCGCUGGAAUACAGUGAGACAGUGGGUAUGACGACGGGAAGGAUGAAAGAUGUACCGACUAUCCAGUCAGCCGCUGACCUGUGCAUCAAUGUGCGUAGAGGAAGCAGGGGUGAUGUCUCAGUCGUAUGCGAACGCCCAGCCGUACCCUUUCCGACGGUAGAGAGAAUUCCUUUACUACUUGCUACGAUCUGUCAUAAUGUGCACGAUCGAAACCAGCAAACACCCAACGCCCAAUAGCGCCUUCGGGACGCUGGGCCGCCAAGCCACGACUCCGGGGAAGACUCGGGAAAGGGUGUAUCAUCUGUGCACUGAAUACGUAAGCCAAUAUGGAGCACAAACGGCAGGGCAGCCACUGCCACUGCAUAAGCGUGAGGAGGACGAGGGCCAGGCAUUGCGACACAGCUGUGGCGCGAGUCUCC